GUCAAAGCGAAACCAAAAUGUGUGCACGAAAAUAAAAUUCAAUAAAAAUAAAAAUAAUCAAGACACACAAAUUUUCUUAACUUUAGACGAACCGUUUCUUCUACUUCGCUAAAUGCAAGCCACAAAGCCUUCGACUGCUGAUCAUGUUUUGGCCAAAACAACUGCCGCUCACUGUUAGCCUCUGGCUGUUGCUUUGCCUGCUUCAAUCUGAGAAUGUGAAUGGUUUUAUAGUGCCGCAGGAACUACAAUCGGCGCUCUCCCUGGUUUACUCCAAUAUACCGCCCAUUAAAAAAGGCACCGAUUCGCGUCUGGGCUUUGGCUUUCGCUUGGGCGAGCAUGCGGACUUUCAGGUGCUGCUCGAGCUGGGACCGCAGAAGAACACACGUCCGCUCGGUGAGCCCAGCAAGGACGAUCAGUCCUUUAACAAGCGCCAGGUGAGCGCCAGCGAACAGCGCGAGCAACUGCGUCAACAGGAGCUGCUAACCAGCACUGAGCGCACGGCCGCCAGCUGGCUGGAGACCUGGUCCAAGGGCAUGAAGCCGCAGCCGGCCAAGGCCAAGCAUAAGCCGGGCAACAAGCUGGCCGCAAAGCUGGCGCUGCCCACGCGUCCCGCCCUGGCAACGAAUGCAGUGCAGCAGCUGCAGCUGCUCUACAAAAUGGCCAUAAAAGAGACGCCAGCAACGUCUACGGAGCUGCCCCCAGCAGCUGAAUCUCCCGAUUUGGAGCCGCCGCGCGGCUUCAAGUUGCCACCGCCCGCACUCGCACAGGACACCAACUCCUUGGGCAACAGCAAGCCCACAAGGAGCAGGGCCGAAAUCACCAAGGAGCUCAUGAAUGUCAGUCUAGAGGCUUAGUUUGUAUCGCAAAUCUAAAUCCAUUUAGUGUGUAAAUACGCGGGGCUUAUCAAAAGUAUUUGUAAAUAAAUCAAGUUUUGUCAGUUCGGUUGCUGCAGAUUAUUUU